AGGCUCUAAACUUGAGGCGCUUCGCGACACCAUCUACAAUCGCGGGCAUCAGGUGUAUCGAUUUGAACUCAAUGCCGCGUUCUGGCACAGUUCCGCUAGUGAUGUACGCUUGCUGCGGUUGUUGCUAGAGUCACCGGAGCCCUUGCAACAACCCCACUGUCGCACAUUUUUCUCGUAGUGAUUACUGGGCCUCGACUAGCGCGUUCUGAUCUCUGCUCCCGACAGUCGGAACCAUUAGGCUCCGCAAUGGGCUCGGGUGCGAGAUCCAGCUUCUUGUUAGUCGCACCGGUGUUGUGCGCCGCGAUGCUUUUGGGAUUGUUCGUGGAUCACUGUGCUUGCCAAACUCCGCAAAUCUACACCCUCGGAGGCGCUGCAGGAUGGACUGACGUUGCAAACAAGAAGUACACAGCGGAGAUGGCCGCUGUGCCAUUCAAAGCUGGCGAUACGAUUCUUUUCAACAACAACGAUACGAAAGUCCACGACGUGCUUCAAGUUUACACACAAGAGGAUUAUGAUACAUGUAAUACCAAUGGCCAAAUGGGUUGGACUUUGAACCCCGGAGACACCCACGGCGUACAACUUAUUGACCCUGCUUACAGAGUCUGGUUCUUCGACACCGUAUACUGCCUCACAGGCCAGAAGGUUGAGUUCACUGUGCGGAACUCGGAUGGGACCGUUGUGCCGCUAUCAACUGGCGCCGAUCCCCCGAGUCUAAAUGCUCCCGUGCCUGAACCUGUGGAUCCAAAUGUACCUCCACCCCCUGUUGGUAUAGCCGGUGGUCCUGCUCCCAACGCAGCUGGAACGAAUGGAAGGGUAACCUGGAUAUCGCUGGUCGCUAUCGCAUCUGUCUCCUACUUCGCUACAUUCGUGCUGUAACCUAGGAUCUGUUAACGUAAUUUGCAAGAAAAUGUUGAGACUACUGUUCUUCCUAUCCUCUCGCAGCUCUUGUACUCUCAAACUAUUCCUCGUCAACCUUUCCAUUCAGAUCUUCACUGCUCAUUCACCCGUUGGCUCAAGCUAGAUGGAUCUAGUUAUCUAGGUGGUGAUAUAGCUCCACCCAGAUAUAGUUGCAUUUCCUGCCCGCGUCUACGCGUGGACGUCCAUUCGAAAACAGAAUCUGUUAAGCUUUUACUUUCGUGCGACUUCUAGGACUAGGAAUUAUUAUUUGUCGUCUUCUUACAAGGUGGUCUGCUAGUGUAAUGUUCCUGUCCAUGCCUCAGAAAUUGUGAUUAAGAGUAGGACUGCAUGAGCUUAUCUAGAAAAUUAGCCGUAAUGAUGAGCAAGUCGUUUUGAUGACUAGUAGUGAGGAUAUUGUGCAUUCAUGCAGUAAAUGAUUAGACGAGAAUAUAGUUUAAAGUGAUUGCGCAAGCUUACAAGAGAAACCCCCUGAAGGCUUGACAUUUGGUGCCUUACAUUCUAUUACUAUUAUUACCAGUGA